AUGAAGCUUGUACUGUUGGCUUUCUUACUGGAGUGUGCAGUGACUAUCUGGGCUGGCACAGAAUGCGAGCCCCAGUCUAGACCCUGGGUUGUCCAUUUCUCAUCAGGAUGCAGUGGAGCUCUAAUCAAUGAGCAGUGGGUGCUGACCGUCAUGGACUGCUAUGUCACCCCGCAGGUAACAGUGGCCUACUUGGGGAAGAACAACUUAAACGUCGAAGAAAACUCCGAACAACGAAUUUUUGUGGACGUAGGGAUCGUUCACGACCCCUACAUGAGGAAGAGACGUCGCAGGAGCCCCCUUCACAAUAUCCAGAUGGUUAGGCUAGCCACGCCAGCCAAACUCAACAGUUACGUUCAACCUGUGUCUCUGUCCACAAGAUGUCCACUCCCUGAGGAUGACUGCGUCGUGUCUGGCUGGGAAACACGCCAACAGUCUUCAAUGCAGUGUGUAGUUCAGCCAAUCCCAGACAAAAGGGCUUGCCAAUUUGAGAUGUUUGGUCCUCCAGAUGAGUUCUGCACUGAGUAUGUGCACAAUAUAACUGGCUCCCAUCUGGCUGAGGGGAGUCCGAUGACCUGUGGGGGGUACUUGCAAGGCUUGGUGUCGUGGGGACAGUGGUGUCUUGAAACUUAUGAAGUUGAAAAGAGCUAUUCUUGUGUCUGUCACUACCAUGACUGGAUAGACAAAGUCAUGAGAAGCCACGUGUCGACCACAACUGCCGCCCCCCGGACGGACACCACUCGAUUUGUCGCUGUGUGA